AUGGGGUUCGAGCCAGAUAUCCAAACUUUUAAAGAGAUCAUCAGUGGGUUCUGUUGCAUUGGUAAGAUGCACAGUGCGAUUGGUUCGCUUCUUCUACGGAGUAUGGUCCAUGAGACUAUGACUAUGUACCCUCAUCGAAACUUCAAUGUGCCUUUUUUCUCACUUGUCUAUGCUAAUAUAAUGAGUUCACCACAUACAGAUGUGCCUUUGACGUUUUGGUGGUUUGAGCUCUCAACUUAUGGGAGAGUGCAUAGGGCUGAUGAUUUUGCAGUUGCCAUCUCUUUCAAGUUUCAAACCACCAUCUUCUUCAGAUUUCCCCAACAGCACUCAAGUAAGUUGGUAAUCAUACUGAGGUUGUGCUGGUCAUUUAGCGCACCAGGAGCGCUGAAGGGCGCACACUACCUCGCAACUGGCAAGCUGGAUGUGCACACUACUUCCAACAUGACUUACAAGGUCUGGCGACGUGAGCCUGAGGUUUUUCUUUCCAGUUGUUUGUGA